UUCAAUAAAGCCAGAAAUCCACGUUAAUGCAAUAAAUAUAAAGAUGGUGGAGAUGUCUUGGACUCAGCAGUAAAAGGGGAGUGGUCUUCCAACAGAAACACAAGCUGAAGGAGGGGAGGAGAGCAAAGUGGGAGGUAUAGACAAUGAAGGAGGGAUAGAAAGAGUUGAGCUCUCCCGUCUCCUGUAAAUCUCUAUUAAUCUGAUCAGACUCUGCACAGGGGAGACACAGGCUGCAGGCUCAGGGACUCAAAGGUUUAUUGUAUUCUUCAGUGACAGCAGGGAGAGAAAGAAGACAAGAACCAGGAUUAAAUAAUUAUAUCACGUGAUAAAGAAUAUAAAAGACAAAACUGUGAUUCACAUUUCUUCAUCCCAUUAGUGGAUGUUUUGUUAUGUGGCUUCCUGAUGUCUCCUUUCCAACCACAAAGAAGUCAAGACGACCUUGACUUCCGCGUGCAUCGUACAUUUUGAAGUGACGCCAAGCUCCUUAGUCUUCCUGGCUGAACUUUGGAUGGAGAUAAUGAGGAGGUCCCGGCCCCUACAGCUGAUCCUUGUUCCCAUUGUGAUCUCUUUACUGUCACUCAUCCUCAGCCCUGCAUCUGCAAGCUCAGGGCCUGACUUCGGAGCCCACCCGCGAUUCAUCUGCACCCCUAUUCCCGUUGAUGCAGACCCUGCAUGCUUCCCCAUAGGGGGUCCUGGUGUAGGGCCAGGCCAUCCAAGUGCACCGCCUGCUGGCUGGUGGGGGGCGAGCGAUGAGGCAAAAGCCACCAUCCUGCACCUCAGGGAGAGCCUCCUGCAGCAGAAAGAGACCAUCCUGGACCAGAGGGAGACCAUCAGGGAGCUGACGGCCAAGCUCAGCCUGUGUGAGGGCCUCGGACGGGGCAUUACACCUCAAGACGAGCACCAGGGCUCAGACUCCCAUCACACAGGGGGGGCCGGUCAACACACGUACACUGACAACGGGCACUAUAGCAACCAGCCAGGUCUCCAUGGAAACCUUAUACCAGACUCACAGCACUACCCAUCUGUGGGGGGGCAGCGAUCUGAUGGGGGGCACAGAGACCACCAGGGGAAGGAUAAACAUAUAAGACCGGGGGACAUAACAUCAUCCCCAGAGCAGAUGGAGAGGAUGCUGCAGGCGCUGAAGGACAGGCUGGACAAUCUGCAGAAGAGGAACACGUCUGUCGCCUACUCCAGCUCUCUGAAGGAGCUUCUCCAGAGGAAGAUCAGCGCUCUGGAGCAGCAGCUUCGACGUCGAACCUCCGCCCUCAGCACCCAUGAGCACCAUGAUGACGACAGCGCCCACAGAGACGACAAAGACCAUGACCAUCACCAUGACGAUUACCAUGAGGAGCACCAUGACGAUCACCAUGACGACCACCACAACGAUGACCACAAGAGCGACCACAGCGACAGCAGCAGCAGCCACACAGACCAUCACUAUGUGGACAGUGACCAUGACGACUACGAUGAAGAUGAUGACGAUGAUGAUGAUGAUGAAGACCACCAUAGAAAUGAAGCAGACAGUCACAGUCACCUUACACACACAGGGCCACGGACUGGAUCCCAGUCAAAUAAACUGGAAACGAUGCUCAGCAAGCUGCACCUCGCAGGUUCCAGCAGGGAAAACUCUUUUACUCCCGAAGGUUUCCAAAUCAGCUUCCCCAUGAGAACCAACUACAUGUACGGGCAGGUGAAGACGACGCUGAUGCAGGAGAUCUUCGCCAUGACUUUGUGUCUUUGGAUCAAGGCGGGCGCCGGGGAAACUCUGGGGACGCCAUUUUCUUACUCAGCACCGGGACAGGCGAAUGAAAUAGUGCUCAUUGAGUGGGGGGACAACCCCAUGGAGCUGCUGAUUGAUGACAAGGCUUUGACGCUCCCUCUGUCAUUGGGUGAUGGGGAGUGGCACCACAUUUGUGUUACUUGGUCAACAAGGGAUGGACAGUGGGAGGCCUACCAGGACGGAGAGGAGAGGGGGUCUGGGCUAAACCUUUCCCCCUGGCACCCGAUCAAAGCUGGAGGAGUCUUCAUCCUGGGACAGGAACAGGAUAUUCUUGGAGGUCGUUUUGAUGCCACUCAGUCUUUUGUGGGUGAGAUGUCAGACCUGCAUAUGUGGUCACAUGUCCUGCCUGCCAGUGACAUCUACAGCCUGGCCUCAUGUGGCAGCGACCUCAAAGGAGACAUCAUCGCUUGGUCUGAGACAGAGGUGGAGCUUCAUGGAGGCGUCGCCAAAUACCAUUUCGACCCCUGUCACUGAAAGGCCAUACCAACAGUGAAGUACAUGAGAUAUUGUGAAAUGUACUGAGAAUAUUUAUCAUUCAUCAAAAGGUGCACAAAUAAGAAAAAUAUCCCACUGACUUUGAGUUAUGUUGAGGGUGAUUAUUUGUGGCACCGACUGAAUGCCUUCCUUUAAACUUAAUCAGUGACUUUUUCUUCAAAAAGAAAAACAACAAUAAGUCUAAUCUGUGUUUACAGAGACUUUGUAGUGGUCCUGGGCCUUAGGUUUUUGCCUCCUCUUUAAUCGUGAGCUAGUUUUUUAUUUUAAACAAACAGGUGCAGUAUGUGACAUAUUGUCAUAUUGUUAAAAAAUCUUAACACUGAAGGGGCUGUGAUCAAAUCAGAUGACCUUAUGGGUUCUGGUGACUGGUGACGGUUUGAAAUGUUUGUUUAGUUUUAAUGGGACUCAUAGAAAUGUGUUGUAAAAUAAACUUGUAAUCUGGAUGUUCCUUUUUUAAAAGGUGUCCACAAAUAUACAGCUACUGUACCAAAGAAAAUAUAGAAUUGAUUUACGUUAGUUUUACAUUUAAAAGAAAAAUGUAAUGUCGUUUUUUGGGGAGAAAAACAGAAUAGCUUGUCAGACUGAAUGUGUCUUAGAGCCUCGGACCACCAAACCAUUUUUAUACAAUGCACCAGUUUGUUCACUGAACAAAUCACUGACAUUUAUAUUUUUUCUCCCCAGAAAUUUGAUUGAUCUUCUUAAAAGGGUGUAUGUUGUGUGAUCAAGUCAUUGCACUGCGGCUUUUCUUGAAUGAUCUGGCCUUGUAUGUAUUUGUUAAUGUACUGUAAAUAGAACAUUUAGGCCAGGUUAGGUUUUGACUUUAUGUAUUACGUUGUCCAAGUGUUAUGUUUUUCAGAUGGUAUGACAAUGUAAAUAAAACUCUGAAAAAACGCUCCUUA